GUUACACGCGGCUACCCUGUACUUCAAACAAGCACUUUUGAACCUGAUUGGCCUAUACUGGACACGUGAGCACAGAUCUAACGGCAAAGCGCACGCAUCCUCGUUGCUAUGGUGACUGAAAGCAACGCUUCUUCCAGAAACAUGGAGACAACGGCGCAUGCGCGGAGGCGUGUCUCCUGGUUACUCCUGCUAUGCUACGGUACUGUACAGCUGAGCACAGCAAUGUGAGAGAAACCAAGGUGUUGCUUAAUAAUGGAUACGAGGAAAAAACACUGGGUUGAAGAGUUAUUUUCACCACGUUUCAGUGCACAAGAUUUCUUUCAUGAGUCUUUUGAACCGGAUCUGCUGACAUCAGAAAAGGUGGCCAAGGAAAAAGCCAAAAGAGUGGAAGGGAUUUACCAGGCUGCAGUUGAUAAAGUUCAGAAAGAGGAAAAGCAGAAAAGAAAAGAGAUCUUGUCCAAGAUGAUCAUUCGAGAUUAUGACCAGGCAGACCCAGCCCAAAGUGCCACCUGCCGGUACUGCCAGAAAUUAAAUACUGAUUCUGUUACUGCUGUUGAUGGCAAUAAUUAUUGCAUUUGGAAUGAAGAUGAACUGAGCCUUUUAAGACAUGAAAUGAAUAAAAACCAUUCUGAAGGGAGCCGCUUGAAACUUCAGUUUAGUGCUUGCAAGAUUGAGAUAUCUGAAUUGAAGGCCAAACAAAAGGAGACCGAGCGGGAGUUGGAGGCCUUGAGAUUGACACUGGCAGCAUCUAAAAGAGCAAAUGAAUGUAAAAGUGUCUUGAUAAAGCAGAUACAGAAAGAUGGAGAGAAAAAGGAUUCAGACCUACAGGUUCUAAAGAAAGACCUGCAGGGAAAAUGUGUGAUGUUGAGCAGACUUACUAGGAAUUUAAGUAGAUCUAGGGAGGAAAUCCAGGAUUUACAGUUCCAGAAACAAGAUUUGGAGCAGGAGUUAAAAACUUUGAAACUGCAACAGGAACUUAGAAAUGACUUUGCUAUUGAAAAUGUGAAACUGCAGUACGAAGUAAAAAUUAAUAAGUUGCUCCGAGAAAUAGAGACUAUUAAAGAAAAGAGACAGAAAUAAAAAUCAGCAUGCUAGAGAUAAAGAGGUGUAUUCAAUUGAUAUCGGAUUUCCCGACUUGUCGGAUGAGCUGCAGUUUCCAACAAUUUCUUUUCAAUCAAACUGCCGUUUAUCCGAUAAGUCAGAAAAUCCGACUUGUCGGAAAACACUUUGAUUGGCGGAUUAGCCGCGGAUCCACGUGUUUUGUCAAAUUCGCAGCCAAAUCCGUCAGGUUUUAGCCCCGUUUCCGACAAUGUCAAUUCGACUUGACAAUGCCUAUUCUAUACCUUGUAUAAAACACUCUAAAAGGUUAAAGAACACAGUACGCAAUUGGCGCACGAGGUACCGUAAGGGUACGCCCUUAGCGUAGCGGACGCUGUAUCGGGAGCGAAACGCUCGCGAGAAUACGCUGUUGGUAUCGGGCACACUAUAGGUGAGCGACUACCGUAAUGCUACGCUAUCAGCGUAGCGGACGCUCGAGACCACGAGGAGAUCACGAGCGGCGCAGACGCUUACAGAGUUAAACCUUUACAACUAUACCAUAAACAAUGUACUUACCGUAUUUUUCGGACCAUAAGACGCACUUUUUCUCCCCAAAAAUGUGGGGGAAAAAGUACAUGCGUCUUAUGGUCCGAAUAAUACAUAUGCAGAGCAAUAAAAACCUUAAGGAGCGCUCUCAAUGCGCUGGGUGGGAGCGCACUGGGUUGGAGAGGCUGCAGUUAUCGAGUGCGGGUAGCGGGUAGCGGCGGGUCCUGUCUGCUGCUUUGCCGUCAUCUGAGAGCGCGGCAGCAGAGCGCCAGCAUCACGUGACUGCCCCGCUCCCUCCCCUCACCUCCUCCGAGUCCUGCUGCUGCUGCUUUGCAGUCAUCUCAGAUCCCGGCAUCUGAGAGUGCGGCAGCAGAGCGCCGGCAUCACGUGACUCCCCCGCUCCCUCCCCUCACCUCCUCCGAGUCCUCGGGCAGCGUAAACUGACAGGCUGGAUGCGGGGAACCUUGUAUACACAGUACAGUUGUGAGGUAAAAAGGUUCUCAUCUGCCUGAAAAAGCUGCUCUGUACUGUGACUAUGGCAGUGCUUGUGUGGCUGCCUCUGUCACACACUGUCCCAGAAAAAUCUUAUAUUACACUAUUUGGUUCAGAUUUUUUUUUCUCCUGUUUUCCUCCUCUAAAAACUAGGUGCGUCUUAUGGUCAGGUGCGUCUUAUGGUCCGAAAAAUACGGUAUACUGUAAACCCUUGUGCAGUGAUAAGGUGUAAAUGCAACACAGUGUAACCUUGUUAGUUUAAAAGCUGUAUGAGCGUAUGUGACGCUCUGAGAACCCUUUAGCAAUAUAAUAAACACUCAAAUACCGGUCUAA